CGCCACAGUCUGGUGGUCUCCGGCUGGCGAGCGGGACUUGCUGAGCUCUUGCCAGAUGGAAAGGCGCAGAAGCUACGUGCUCAGCGGUCCUGCAAACGCCGUGCUUGCACGCUUCCCCUGGACUCCCAGAACGGUGCGACUCCCGGCCCUUAAUCGGUCCCUCUGGUGUCCCUCCAGGAUAGGUUAUAACUGAGUAGCCCUUAUGACCAACAUGAGCUGGAGCUUUCUCACCCGCCUGCUAGAAGAGAUUCACAAUCACUCCACCUUUGUGGGGAAGGUCUGGCUCACCGUGCUGAUCGUCUUCCGCAUCGUCUUGACAGCGGUUGGAGGGGAGUCCAUCUACUCCGAUGAGCAGAGUAAGUUCACCUGUAACACCAAGCAGCCCGGCUGCGACAACGUCUGUUACGAUGCCUUUGCACCGCUGUCGCACGUCAGGUUCUGGGUCUUCCAGAUCAUCAUGAUAUCCACCCCUUCGGUCAUGUACCUGGGCUAUGCCAUCCACAGGAUCGCCAGGUCCUCGGAAGAGGAGAAGAAGUUCAAGGGAUUCAAGAAGAAGAAACAAUUUGCUUUGAACUGGCAGGCAGUGCGCAACCUGGAGGACCCAACGGAGGCAGAUGAAGAGGAGCCCAUGAUCUCUGAUGAUGCAGCAGAAAACGAAAAAGCCAAAGCCAAGACCAAGAGCAAAGAACAGCAAAAGCAUGAUGGGAGGAGGCGCAUCCAGCAAGAAGGACUGAUGAAAAUCUAUGUCUUCCAGCUGCUUGCCAGAGCGUCAUUUGAAGUUUGCUUUUUGGUAGGGCAGUAUCUUCUCUACGGUUUUGAGGUUGAAGCUUAUUACGUCUGCAACAGAGUCCCUUGCCCUCACACUGUGGACUGCUUUGUGUCCAGGCCAACAGAGAAGACGAUCUUCCUCUUGGUGAUGUACGUUGUGAGCUGUCUGUGCUUAUUGCUCAACAUGUGUGAAAUGUUUCAUCUGGGGUUUGGGACUAUCCGAGACGCCAUUCGUAACCGAAAAAUCAACAGCUUUAGGCAGCCUCCCUACAACUACGCCUACCCAAAGAACAUCUCCUGUCCUCCUGAGUACAACUUGGUAGUGAAAUCAGAGAAGUCCACCAAGAUCCCCAACAGCCUGAUGGCCCAUGAGCAGAACUUGGCUAAUGUUGCUCAGGAGCAGCAGUGCACAAGUCCAGAUGAGAAUAUCCCGGCAGACUUGUCCACCCUUCACAAACACUUGAGAGUGGCCCAGGAGCAAUUAGACAUAGCGUUUCAGAGCUACAGCGGCACCCAGCCCAACACACAGCCCUCUCGAACGAGCAGUCCCGCCUCAGGCGGCACAGUGGUGGAGCAGAACAGGGCCAACACCGCCCAGGAGAAACAAGGUGCUAAACCCAAAGCCUGCUCGGAGAAAGGAAGCUCAAGCAGCAAAGAUGGAAAGACAUCUGUAUGGAUAUAGCUCGUUUAAAAGGAGAGAGGGCAGUGUAAGUGGGGUUUUUAUUUUGGUUUGUUUCUGUUUUCAGUAUUGUCUUGAGUUCAUUUCACAGGGCACAGGCGCAAUUUUCAUAUGGAAGCCAGCAGUGAAAAGGAGUUUCAGACCAAUUUCGUGCUGCCUUCCAGUGCAUUAACAAAAGACAUUUCCGUUCCAUUUCCAAACCGUUCUCCAGCUGGCAACCUCCAGCGAGCAAUAGCAAGGGGCAGAGCCCUUGCAUAUCCGACCCGUUUGGUUACUGCCGUGUCCCCUAACAGAGACUGGACAACGCGCUGUUAUGGGGAGAGGAGCUGUUGGUCACUCAGAAGAGAAGUCAUCCCUAUAGUGAGCAACUCCUCCUCUGCACUGUGAGGACAGAGUACUGUAGGUUAGGGAAUUUUUAAUUACUAAAUAUCCUUAAUCAAAAUUAAUUUCUGAUCCCUUGAUUUAAAGGGAAAACAACUGACACAUUGCAUGAACUUUCAUGACACACUUUCCUAAUUUCCUAUCUGAAUAUGUAGGUGCAUUAGCAGGCGUCACUGGAAACAAAUGCAACAGAGACUUGUGCUUUGAUCUGCGACCUGGCACUGCACGUCAGGUUAUGGGGGCAGAAAUGCAGUGACUGUAUCUAUGAAGGCAGAGCGCUACCGGUUUUAUUUUUUUCUUCCUCUGCAUUGAAACAAAAAGCAAAUACGAUCAAACACUCCAUAGCAGGAGUUAGCAGUGGAACUGCACUGUAACGGUUUCUGGGUAGCUCUUGCUGCAGAUGUGAUGGGGAUCAUUGCAGUUACAGCGUUUUUAACAAACUGCUACUUCACAUCAUCAGAAAGUGCCUUUUUGCAACCAGGAAAACAAAAUUGUAAAGGGUUUGGACAUCUUUACUUAGUAAAUUCUAUUAGAGAUUGGAGGAUCAGUGCUGAAAGAUUUGUUUUUCUGUUUAAUCAAACCCUUAUAAAUAGUGGCAGACCACAGGAUCUAUGCAUAGUGUGUAUACAGUGUGUGUCUGUGUGUACAUGUAAGUAUAUAUAUGGACACAUAUGAAUAUGUCUGUGUGAAUAUAUAUGUAUAAAUAUAAAUGUAAUAUCAAUCCACAGGAAAUUUACAGCCUUCCACCCUCACUGGGUAACCCCAGCUGAUCCAGAACGACGGCUGAUCUUCCUCCUGGAGCAGCCUUUGGGUACAGCCUCACCUGGGGAAUUUGCAGCUUUUCACAUACUUGCUUGAGGCUCCCAGCAGGUCAGUGGGGACAGGACUGAGGCUUGUAACGAGUUUUUCCCUAGUUUAUGGGAGAUUUUUUGAUUUUGUUUUGGAUUUGUGGGGGGGAGGGUUGCAGUUACAAGAGUUUGGAGGGCGUGUUAAAAAAAGCUGCCAAGCUCCAAGGCUCCUGCUAGUAUUGAGAAUAUACUUUGUCAGAGUGGUUUCACCCUGUGUCUCUCGUUCAGCUGUGGGCCUCUGGCUUUGUCACCAUCCAGUAAGACAGACCGGAAAGAAAACCUACUAUAUGGGUUUUUUGUUAGCCGGAGGAAGAGACCUCUGCUGUCGAAUGGGACAGGCUGAAAUCAGUUACUGCCCUGUGGUCUGCUGCUGUGAUCUCAGAGUGGGUCACAUCCUUCAGAGAGUGGAGAUCUCCCCGAGAUGCCGGUGGCUUGGCAGAUGCUCUCACAACCUCCCAGGAGCCAAAUGGUUGAUUCACCACCCUGGAGGACCUAAACAGGAAGAGCAUUUAAGAGUAAACUUAAUAUGAAAUGAGUAAAUCCCCACUGAAGGGCAGCACUGCCCAUAUGCUGAAAUGCACUCGCUGUUCGCUCAGGGCCCCGCCAGCCAGAUGAAGUGAGACACAGGUCCCCAUGCCAGUAUUUCUGAUCCGCUGGAUCCACGUAACUGCUUGCCGACCGUCUUCCUCAUGUCCUUGAGAACAGUCUCCAAAAGUCUCCAGGGUGCCUACGUAGUCAGGCCCUCAGGCCAAACUGAUACACCUGAAUAUGGCCUUCAGCACCUGCUAACACAGAUAAAUCCAUGCAAUGCCCUUAGCCAGAGGUGUUGGUAGUAAAAAAGUAGGUUUAAAAAUAAAUCAAAGAAACAUCCAGUGAGGCAUUUAUCUGCAAAUAUUCAAUAUGGUUUUGCUUAACUGUCUGUGAAAUACUUUGAGGCUUGGUCCUGGUCCCACUAAAGGCAUUGGUAAAAUGCCUGGAGCACAGUCUGCUCCUCGUUACUAAAGACCUUCCUCUUGAAAACGAUCCACUGAAUCCAGGAGGAGGGUCAGUGGAUCUCCCCAGCAGGAACGGUCAGUGGUAACACACAUCCAUCCCAUGGAAGGAUGGCCCAUAUGCCACAAAUUUUGAACUCCAGGCUCAUAAAGUUCACCCCACAGCAGUGAGGAGAGAAACAUAUCUGACUGCUCUGCAGGACUUUGCUGCUGCUCCUUGUCCCAUGGGACAGCUCUGUGUGGAAACCUGUCCUCCUCUGUGGCUCAGGCAAUGCAGGGGAGGCUAUUCGGUGGUGGUGGCGAUGGAGGCAAACGCACCCAAGUCCACUGCCCAGGGCUGGGGAGGAGAGCAGAGAUCCUGCUCAGUAGUUGUUUGCAUCCUAGUAAGGGCACCCAGGGCGCAAGCUUGUAGCGCAUGUCAAUGUGAACCCUGUUAGUUUUUUGCUGUCCCCACAGGAAAUAGCAUGUAUUUAAAGGCAUGAUCCCAAGGGAGGGAUGGACACUCUGACGAGAGUGAUGGUUGGUUGCUGCUGCUGGGGGUUUUCUUGAUUCCUUCAGGAUGACUACCAAUAUCACAGUACUGGCAAAACUUGUCCUUCCCAUGCAAUGCAGGCAGGCUCCGUGCUGGGUGGGAGCCCUGAUUUUGCAUUUCUCCUGCCCAUAAUAGCAAAACAUUCCUCAGCCUCAAGCGUGGCCUGAGCAUUUCCUGAUGACUCGGAUUGGUCCCUUGGUUCCCACUGACCUGCAGAUUCACCAGUGAGUCACCAAAUGUAGGGGCUGGCGUGCACCUCCCUUGCUAUUGCUUCUGGAAACUAUCCUGCCUCACUGUGGGGAAAGGGGGAGCAGAUUUUAAGCUAGAAACCCCAGAGCUUGACCACAGAGCAUCCCUAAUGGCUAACGUGAACGUCCCUUGCUGCAAAUCCUGAAUUUGGCCCUCAAUAGACAUGGAGAAGAGCUUAUUUCCUUUGUAUCCGAAGAAACCUUUGGGUGUUUGAAGACUAUUUUCAUAUUAUUUGAGUCUGCUUUAAGCUGAACAUCUCCCGUCCCUUCAACAUUUCUCCAAGGGCCCUGUUUUCAGGGUGCAUUUCAUCGCUGUCUUUGAACCAACAGCAGCCAGGCCAUGCCUUCGUAGCAGUGCAGGGUGCUGGUGACAGUGCUGCAGCAGAGCUAGCCCCGGCAUCACCUUCCCACCCUGCUCCCCUUCAUGUACCCAUCCGCCUCUUCCAAAGAGCCUACUCCUCCCUGACACCUCUGUUUCUGCAGGCCUGCGGCCUGCCCCCUCUGCAGAUGUGCGUGGGUAUGGCUGGCAUCUUCCUGCCCUUGCUCUGCACUUGCCCCCCCACCUGCCUUUUUUUGCUUUUACACCGCUCAUCCAGUCUGCCAAGAGGAUUUUGAACAACCAGCCAAUCAUGCAGCAAAUUCGCAGCCUCUUUCUGGCGAGUGUCACCAUUACAUUUAAUACGCGCACACAGUUUUCCAUAGUGGCAGUCAGUAAUUGCAAUAUUGAUGAGUGCUAGAGCCAGGACAGACACUUGUGCAAUCAAUACAGUCUCCUCGUCCAGCAGGGAGACAGGACAACCGCUCUCCGAGCCGUUCUUCCAGUCAGUUCUGCUCAUCUGUCGAGAUCGAAACAAGUUUGGUGUAUAAAACGCUUUGCACUGGGGUUGGCUCAGGUCUGUCUCGAUUUCUCCCCUGUGCAAAGGGGCUGAUCUUGCUUUCCCAUUUCUUCCAAGCGCUUAGAAAAACUUGGCAGAACCUCUUGGGAGUCCAGCAGCCUGGUCUGGGCUGCCCUGGGGGAUGCACGGUCACCUGCCCUGUCUCGGUGAGCCUGGCACGCUCCUCUGACACUGGGGAGAAGUGACCCUUGUUCUUCCACAUCCCACCCAAGCAGUCCACAGGAGCCAGCCCAAGGCAGACAGCCGUAAAAAUAUAUUCCCCUGUUCCUCCUCCACUUCUUGGCCUCCAAAGCCUUUAGGAUAUUUUGUUCUUCCACACCACCACAUCAGCUGAUGACUGUGCUUUAAUGCCUCUGCAGGAAUGACUCCACUCAGGGCAAUAAGAGAGGUCGCAUCUUUAUUGUAUCUGUUUGGGAAGGAAAAGGAGAGGGAGGCAAAAUAAACACAGCCACAAGCACCAAAAACCCCAUCACAAACAUCCUGAAUGAAGCUGGCUGCUCAAGGAAUUUCAAUUAAAUGGCGGGCAGCAUCAGCCAGGGAAGAAAUGCUAGCAGUAUGAUUAAUGCUUUGCUUCUUUUACAGGUUAGUAAUCCUGUUCACUGCCGAGACGAGUUUAGCUUUGCAGCUGAGCUAAUUGUAAAUGUUGACUCUUUCACUAAACUUUGCUGGAUAAAGUGCCCACCCUGACACUUCUAUUAUUACCAUUCAGGGCCAGGAAUGUCCCCAGUAAAAGCGAGAUUACCUUGUUGCUUGCAUUGCAUUCCUCUGGGAAAUACUUGAACUUAACACAAGGCCAUAACCAGUCUGUGCUGUUAUGAAGUUUCUGGGACUGUUUUUAUUUUGUUUAUUUGUUCAUUUUUUAUGUACUAACUGUAUUUGUACUAGAAAAUUGUGGCGUAUGAGACUGAAUCUGUAAGUAUUCUUCAGUGUAAAUGUUACAUCUGGACUGUAGUUAGAAUAUUGGUCAAAAGACAUUGGUCAAAAGACAAAGAUACAUCAACCCACCUCUUUGACUGGCUCUU